AACGCGUAACGGGAAAUUAAAACGGAAAAACAAAAAUAGUUGAGAGAAAAUUGUAAUAGAUUAAACCAUAAGAAUAGAGUACAAAAACUAAACGUUACAAUUUAAAUUAAUAAAACCACCUGUUUAUGCAAACAAACAAACAAACAAAAAUAUGAGGAAAAUUAAAAACAACAACAAGUGUUAAUUAAUUCAUUUAUUAAAUAAUAAGAUUAAAUCAGUGACAACAUAAAACAAGUACAAUCAUUUGUAUAAAAAUAUAAAUAAAAUAAAAUUGUUGCAACCCCAACCAAGCAUUCUCUAGUUUCAAAAGAAUAAAAAAUUAAACGUCAAAAAAUAAUUAAUAAUAAUGCCUAAUUACUAAGUUAAGUUUUAUUUGUUGUGUCUAUGAGCGGACACACUACAUACAGUGAUUAAAAUGAUGUUUUCGUAUCGUAAUAAUAAAACAGUUAUAGAUUAAAAUCAUUUGAGAAGUGGAGAAAAACGAAAUACAACUUGUUAGCGUGUUACACGUUCAUUUUUUUAAACAACAACAAACAAAAUCAAGUGUUGAAAAGUUCAAAAAUUUCAUAUAUUAGCAAUUGAGUAUAAAAAAAUAUUAAAAUUCACAUAACAUCACUACUACUUCUACAGCAUUAAGUAAAUAUUUUUGAAUACAACAAAGUCAGGCUGUUAUUUUUUAAAUUUUUGAUCUGAUUAUCUCAUAAUAAAUCAACAAACAGGUGCCACAAUUAGGCAACAAAAUCAUAAAACGUUCACAGUAAUUACCAGAAUGCAUAUACAACAAGAACAACAGUUGCUUAUGAAUGCAUGCAAAUUGAACAAAUGGAAAUAGAAUUCAAAGCAGACACACGUCUCAACAUCAGCUACAAUAAAUAAUGCAAACAAUGGCCAAUCAAAUAAUAUUAAAGGAUGUACUAAUGUCAAACAUGUCAACAAGAUGCUGCAGCGUCAACAAUAAAUUAACCUGGAAGGUCACCAUAGUCCUUGCGACACAAAAGCAACAACAACAACAACAACAACAAAAAAAGAAAACAGCAAUUAGUAUACAAGAAACCAAAAAUAUAAGAGAAAAGAGAAAACAAAAAUACAACAAAAAUAAAACUAUCUAGAUGAAAAAAAAAACAUAAAAUUAAUACAAUUUAUUAACGGGUCAAUAAACAUUUUAAUUGCUUACGAGUGUUUGCAGAAAGAAACUCAGUUAAAACCAAAGAACCAGCAAAUCAAGUGAAAUAUAUUGUAAAACAAUUUUACUUUCACUUUUGUUUGAGGCCAACUUUUUACACAAACAAAUAUAAAGAAAUUUGCAUAAACAUUCACACAGGAUUACAAGCCCAACCAAACCAGCAGCAAACCACCAAACAGACAUAUUCUGAUCAAACUCAAAUUAAAAAUGUCAGAAUUUCGUUUUUUCGCUUUUACAGAUUAUGAAUAUUACAACAAUCGUUCGCUGAGUUUUUUUCAGCUGCCCAUAGCACCAUUUCAACCCACCAAAAAAACCACCGCUGAUGAAAUAUCCCACGAACUAAAUGUUCCCUAUACGGUAUUUGAAAUACUCGUGGCCAUUUGUGCAAUCAUUGGCAACCUAAUGGUCAUUAUAGUUUUUCAGCGUGAACGCAAACUUAGACGACGCACCAACUAUUAUAUCGUUUCGUUGGCCAUUGCAGACUUUCUAGUGGGUUCAUUGGGAGUACCGUUUGCGAUAUUGGCUUCGAUUGGUUUGCCGACGAAUUUGCAUGCCUGCCUCUUUACGGUUUCCUUGCUGGUUGUUCUCUGUACCAUAUCGAUAUUUUGUCUAGUCGCCGUAUCGGUCGAUCGUUACUGGGCCAUCCUCUAUCCUAUGGCAUACUCAAGAAAUGUUCGCACCAAAACAGCUAUUGUCAUUAUCUCAAUGUGCUGGGUGGCUGGUACCGUCGUAGGAUUUCUACCGCUGUUUGGCUGGCAUGCAGCUGUCGACGACAAUCAGGCUUGUCUAUUUGUUGAAGUCAUGGACUACAAUUAUUUGGUUUUCUUAUAUUUUGCCACCAUAAUUACGCCCGCAUUACUAAUGUUGGCAUUUUAUGCUCACAUUUAUAAGGUGAUCAUAAAACAAGUACGACAAAUCGUCACCAUGAAUCCUGUUGGCGAUAGUAGUAGUCGUCGUUCAUCGAUAGCACAGAUAACACAUCCAGGUCGAUCAUGUCAUGGCGGUACAAUGUUAAGAGUAUUAGGUGCUGCUCGGAAACGUGAUGUCAAAGCCACGCAAAAUCUAUCGGUCAUUGUGCUAUUUUUUAUGAUCUGUUGGAUACCGCUCUACACCAUUAACUGUAUAAAAGCAUUUUGUCCAUCAUGUUCCAUACACCCCAAGUUGACACUGUUCUGCAUAAUACUCUCACAUCUCAAUUCAGCAGUUAAUCCAGUAUUAUACGCCUAUCACUUGAAGGACUUUAGAUUGGCUUUGAAAAACCUAAUACUUAAGAUAAUGGGUGUUGAAAUUGAACAAACUUUAGAAGCUCAGCAUCGCUACUCGUUGGCAUCGCAACAUCGACUGCAAUCGAUGGAUGUGGGUACGAGGAACCCCAUGCAAACUAGAAUCUAUAUAGAUUCUCCUAUUUGGCUGCGACAACAGCAACAACAAUCCCUUAAAAACGCGCAAAUGGUACCUAAAUGUGGUGUAGUAACUCCUUGCCUAAAUAAUAUACAUCAAACUGUAGCUGCCGUGGCUUCUGUUACUACCGACAUUGAGAGAGAAAUGUGGAAUAUCAUGGAAGCUUCCAGUGGAGCCGAAUUGGGAGAAGUUAAUUACAUAUUUCCAAAUGAUAAAGACUCGGCUGCACCAACUCCUCCACCUAGACAACAUCGUAAAUCGCAGAAUAAAAAAGAAAGCUGCGAAAGUCCAUUUUCCUAUGACAAUUGUACCUAUACUCCAAGUCCCGAUGACAAUGAUUUCGAAGAGGUCUUCCUACCUAGUCGUCACCAAGAGGGAGGCGUGGAUCACAAUGCACUUAAUCAGUCUUUAAUAGCCUGUGCUAUGCGAGAUAAAUUGCGGUCUGAUGUUGAUGAUCGACCUUCCAGCACACCAAAUUCGCAUAGCGAUUACGAAAUACCAAAGAAUGAGGACUCAAAAUCCCAUACACCAAAUCAUAAAGUUAAGACACAAACCGACACCCCACCUUUAACGCCAAAACAACUGCAACAACUCAAGUCUAGAGAAUGCCAAAAACCAACACACAUUUCCAACUCAAAUGGCUGUCUAAGUAAUACUUCCAUUUUUAUUAUAGACGCAGAAUCGAAUCCGCUGUCACCAGGUCGUAAGCCAAAAUUUAGAAAAUCAACACAAGCUACAAAGACGCUAAACUUAAAUUCAAAAUCUUUAACGCGUUCCUGUUCAUGUGGCAGCGACACGUCGGCCUCAACGUCACCCCAAAGAGAUAUAAAACCUUCAGUACAUUCCACACUAACAAAUGCAAGCAACAGCACCUCCUCCAGUGCCCAACUAACAGCUUCCAAUCAAAAUAUAUCUCUUACUUCCGAUCAACUACCAAAUUCUUACAACAAUAACAAUCUAAACUAUUACACGUUCCAUCAUCCAUCCUCCCAUUACCAUAGAGCACAGCAUCAUCACGAGAAGUUCAGUCCACUAAAAGCGAUGAGUAAUUUAAUAUUCCCUCCAAUUGUCAAACAUUCCAGUCUGUUCCAAUUAUCCCAUCCCACAAGUUCAGAGACAACUGCAACAUCGAACAAGUCCACAACUAAACCUCAAACGACUGAUAAUCAUAAAAACAACAUAACAAGUAGUGAGGAGGCUAAUGAUGUUAGCGUAUCCGGAGCUACCUUAGAUACCGAAAUAAUCGAUGUACCAUCGGUCCCAGUGUCUGUUGUACACAUAAAAGCCGAUAGUUGAGUCUUGUCAAUAUAAGUUUUAAUAUAAUACUCAAAGUUUAACACAAAGAAAUUGCUCGCUGUAACAAAUUUGAAAAUGUAAUCUAGAAACGCAAACAGUCGACAAGAUACAUAAAAGGAAGGGAAGGUUAGCGUUGGAAACCUAUAUCAACUGUAUCUAUAGAAUGUCUUCUUAUUUCUUCAAUGCACUUCGAGGCUUCCUGUUUAGUUGCCGCAGAUCAAAUAAAAGUCUGCUUUUACACAGGGCAAGUUUUCUUGCGCAAGUCUAGAGUUUAUAGGAGAGAGAGGCAAGAAGAAAGAAGAGGGGUACACACUUGCUUGUACUGGCAAGUCUCUUGAAUUCUCUUUUGUUUUCUCAUUUUCACUAUGGCGUCUAUUAGGUUUUGAUAUACAAAAUUGAACACAGACUUGCUGUGUGUAAACAGUCGAGCAAGUUUAAAAGGGAAUCGAAGAGACUUGCUUCAAGUAAACUUGCUGUGUGUAAAAGCAGACAAAGGUUUCAACAAAAUUUUUACUUUUUUAAGUUACACUAUUAUUUCAAUGAAGGGGACGAAGCAAAAGACGUAUUAAAUUCUAUGUGAAUUAUAGGUAAAUAAUUACACCAUAAGUAUGUAAAUUUAGAGUAGAUAUUUUUUUUAAUUUAAAA